AUGGACGUUCAGUUGUGCGCUCGGGGGCCCGGUGCGCUCGGGGGCCCGGUGCGCUCGGGGGCCCGGUCGCUCGGGGGCCCGGUGCGCUCGGGGGCCCGGUGCGCUCGGGGCCCGGUGCGCUCGGGGGCCCGGUGCGCUCGGGGGCCCGGUGCGCUCGGGGGCCCGGUGCGCUCGGGGGCCCGGUGCGCUCGGGGGCCCGGUGCGCUCGGGGGCCCGGUGCGCUCGGGGCCCGGUGCGCUCGGGGGCCCGGUGCGCUCGGGGCCCGGUGCGCUCGGGGGCCCGGUGCGCUCGGGGCCGGUGCGCUCGGGGGCCCGGUGCGCUCGGGGGCCCGGUGCGCUCGGGGGCUCGGUGCGCUCGGGGGCCCGGUGCGCUCGGGCUCCGUUUCAGCUCGGGCUCCGUUUCAGCUCGGGCUCCGUUUCAGCUCGGGCUCCGUUUCAGCUCGGGCUCCGUUUCAGCUCGGGCUCCGUUUCAGCUCGGGCUCCGUUUCAGCUCGGGCUCCGUUUCAGCUCGGCUCCGUUUCAAGCUCGGCUCCGUUUCAGCUCGGGCUCCGUUUCAGCUCGGGCUCCGUUUCAGCUCGGGCUCCGUUUCAGCUCGGGCUCCGUUUCAGCUCGGGCUCCGUUUCAGCUCGGGCUCCGUUUCAGCUCGGGCUCCGUUUCAGCUCGGGCUCCGUUUCAGCUCGGGCUCCGUUUCAGCUCGGGCUCCGUUUCAGCUCGGGCUCCGUUUCAGCUCGGGCUCCGUUUCAGCUCGGGCUCCGUUUCAGCUCGGGCUCCGUUUCAGCUCGGGCUCCGUUUCAGCUCGGGCUCCGUUUCAGCUCGGGCUCCGUUUCAGCUCGGGCUCGUUCAGCUCGGGGCUCCGUUUAUCCCCGUUUCAGCUCGGGCUCCGGUUUUUCAGCUCGGGCUCCGUUUCAGCUCGGGCUCCGUUUUCACCGCUCCGUUUCAGCUCGGGCUCCGUUUUCACCCCAGCUCGGGGUCGGUUUCAGCUCGGGCUCCGUUUCAGCUCGGGGUCCGUUUCAGCUCGGGGUCCGUUUCAGCUCGGGGUCCGUUUCAGCUCGGGGUCCGUUUCAGCUCGGGGUCCGUUUCAGCUCGGGGUCAGUUUCAGCUCGGGUCACACUCCUCUGAUGCCGGCGUCAUCUGCUCAGAUGUUUUGAGGCUGGUGAAUGGCGGCAGCCCGUGUGCCGGGAGAGUGGAGGUUUACCACGAUGGACAAUGGGGCACAGUGGAUGGCUACGGCUCUGGUGACAGUGGUUGGGAUAUGGCGGACGCGGCUGUGGUGUGUAAGGAGUUGGGCUGUGGAGCCGCGCUGUCAGCAUCAGGAGACGCUCACUUUGGCGAAGGCUCAGAUCCCGUUGUGACGUGGGAUGUUCGUUGCAGAGGGAGUGAGUCUACUCUGAGGGAUUGUCAGUCACAGCCCUGGGGUGGUGGCUAUUCCUGGCCACACACCUAUGAUGCCGGCGUCAUCUGUACAGAACCGCUCCAGAAACCCACCAUUUCCCUGAAGCCAGAUUCACGGGUGUUUGUGAGAGGGGAAAGCGCUGAGAUCUCAUGUUCUGGAAAUUAUCCAGGCAGUAAUUUCUCUUUAUACAGAGAAGAGAAGUUCAUCGCAUCACAGUCGGCUCCUGAGAAUAACAACACGGCAACAUUCGCCCCAUCGGAGAUCUGUGCAGGAAAUUAUUGGUGUAAAUAUGCUAAACAUUUGGACGCACGCGAGCUCACAUCACCAGAGAGCGAUCGAGUGGGAAUCUCUUUGUGGGAUCCGCUCCAGAAAGCCAAAAUUUCGCUGAAGCCAGAUUCCCGAGUGUUUGUGAGAGGGGAAAGCGCUGAGAUCUCAUGUUCCGGAAAUUAUCCAGGCAGCAAUUUUUCUUUAUACAGAGAAGGGAAGUUGCUCUCAUCACAGUUCGCUCCUGAGAAUAACAACACGGCAACAUUCGCCCCAUCGGAGAUCAGUGCAGGAAAUUAUUGGUGUAAAUAUGCUAAACAUAUAGACGCACGCGAGCUCACAUCACCAGAGAGCGAACGAGUGGGAAUCUCUUUGUGGGAUCCGCUCCAGAAAGCCAAAAUUUCGCUUAAGCCAAAUUCCCGGGUGUUUGUGAGAGGGGAAAGAGCUGAGAUCUUAUGUUCUGGGAAUUAUCCUGGCAGCAAUUUCUCUCUGUACAGAGAUGAUGCGUUUAUCAUAUCACAACCAGCUCCAGAGAAUAACAACACGGUAACAUUCAUCCUAUCGGAGAUCAGUGCAGCAAACUACACGUGUAAAUAUACUACACAAAUAGACGGACGAGUGUUUACAUCAAUAGCGAGCGAGCGUAUGGGAAUCACUGUGCGCGCAAAUUGGACCUGGAAGCACAUUACAGGAUUGGCUGCGGGGAUUGUCGCUGCGUUAAUGAUAAUUGUGUUACUACUGGGAAUCAGUGAAUAUAAAAAAGGUAAACAGCACAGUUCAAGUGGGGAAAGGAACGUACCCACGGGAGGCGGCCCUGAACCGAGCAACGUCACCUAUGCUGUGGUGAGAAAGGUUCCCCGGUCGGUGCCUCCAAUGAAUGCUGACAUCAUCUACGCCAAUCUGAUGUUGGGAAACAGGAUUGAGAAUGGCCAUGAAAACAGUGAGAAUGAUGGUCCAAUCUACGCCACAGUCAGAGUGUAGCACGGAGGCCGGUGGCCAUCUCCUCGCUCCAGCUCCUCAUCAGCAACUAUAUUCAAUACCAGCUUCAGUUUGACGACAACGGGUCACUCACUGCACUUGUCUCCCUGACAUGGGUGGAGAUUGAGUUACAGACUCAGACAGAAUGAGUGAGUGAGUGUGAAUGAGUUAGAGAGAGAGACUGAGAAAGAUAUAAUGAGACUGAGGGUGAGAGACGGAGCGAGAGAUUGAGAUGUAUUGAAACGGAGAGGAACUGAGUGAUAAUGUGUGUGAGAGAGUGAUUGAAUGAGACUGAGUGGGAAACUGAGUGAGAGAAGGAGAUAGAGUGAGACAUCGGGACUGCCUGCGAGAAAGAUUGUGUGAAAGAGAGAGUGUGUGUGUGUGUGUGUGUGUCAGAGAGAGAGAGAAAAGGACUCAGUGAGGGACACCGCGAGAAUCAGAGACUAAAAGAAAGAUAACGAGAGUGAGAGUCUGUGUGGUAGAGGGAGAGAGAGUAAAAGAGAGGAAGGCAGGUUGUGAGAGAGAUGGAGAGACAAAGGACGAGGGGUGUGAGUGAAAGUUUGUAUCAGAAAUAUUAGUGCUUAUUCUACUGGAUGGCACAACAGUGAGC